AGCUCAGGACCAUGGCUGAGGCCAUCACCUAUGCAGACCUGCGGUUUGUGAAGGCUCCCCUGAAGAAGGGCAUCGCCAGCCGAGUAGGACAGGAUCCAGAGGCUGACGAGGACGGGGAACUCACCUAUGAGAACGUACAGGUGCCCCCAGUUCCAGGGGGCUCGAGCUCGGCUCCUGCUGGACUAGGGGACAAAGCAGGGCUCCAGUCGCAGCCGCCGCCCGCCGCGCGGAGCUCCGUGACGUCGUCGGCGGCCAGGCGCCUCCUCCGCGCUGAUGCCCCUCACUCCUUACCGGUAACAAUCGUCAACCUUUAUUCUGGAACACCUUCUUCCGCUACCUGCGGAAACUCACUCCCGACACAAACAGCCAUGCCUGCCCCAGGCCGUGCAGCCUUCAGGCAGUACCUCGUGCUCGGCGCGCUCCUCACCUGCUUGCUGCUGGGGGUGGCCUCCAUCUGCCUGGGAGUGCGCUAUCUGCAGGUGUCUCAGCAGCUCCAGCAGAUGAACAGGGUUCUGGAAGCCACUAACAGCAGCCUGAGACAGCAGCUCACCCAAAAGAUGACCCAGUUGGGGCAGAGGGAAGCAGCUCUGCAGGGGUCCCGUAGGGAGCUGGCCCAGACUCAGGAAGCACUGCAAGUGGAACAGAAAGUUGGCCUGGCUACCAAAGAGCAGUUGCAGGCCUGCCAGUCCGACAGGGAGAAGACAAAAGAGGACUUGCAAAGGGAGGAGGAGGAGAGGAGGAACCUGGAACAGAGGCUGAGCAGCAUGCAGGACACACUGAGGCCCUUCUUCACAUGCCCCUCAUCAGACACCUGCUGUCCCAUGGGAUGGGUAUUGAACGAGAGGAGUUGCUUUUACGUCUCAGUUACUCAGAGAAGUUGGGAGGAGAGCCGAAAACACUGUAAAUCUCUGUCCUCUGACCUGGCCACAUUCAGUGAUGUGUCUCAUCCUUAUUUCGGUUAUCCCAGCAGCUUAAACAAGCUGUUGGCACAAGUUGGUCAGCUUGAUUCAUAUUGGAUUGGCCUCAGCUUUAACAAGUACUGGCAGUGGAUUGAUGGCACAAGAAUCUCUGGGUUUGAUUAUAGGUAUUAUACUGAAAGCCCCAAAUGUGCCAAGCUACAAAGUAGUUGGCCAAAGUUGCAGCAGGAGAAGUGUUCAUCCUCUCUUCCCUGCAUCUGUGAGAUGGAAGCUUUCAGGUAUCCAGAUGGGGACCACUCUUUGCACUGAGCUGGGUAAGUGUGAGUGGUGGGA